UUCGGCCAUAAUUACGAGAAGAAUACAUCAGAUGGCAGGAGUUAAGCUGAAAAAAGAAAAAAAACGAACAACAUUAGUGAGGUUUUAUCGUAAAAGAACUGAUAUUAUACAACUAAAGGUGACGUGUAAUAAACAGGAAAAUUAUUUUAACAGUUGCUGAAAUGACGGAACAUUCGGUACCAUCCGAUAUUUUAGACGAUUUAAGCAGUCGAUUUAUUAUCAACGUUCCGGAAGAAGAAAGGAAAGAUUUGGUUCGGAUAUGUUUUCAAAUUGAAUUAGCUCACUGGUUUUAUUUAGAUUUUUAUUGUACCGAUGAAAAUCCGAAACUACGACCAUGUAGUAUGCGGGAAUUCGCCACUCAUAUCUUUCAUCACAUACCAUUUUUAAAACCACAUGUAGCUAACAUAGAUAAUAUUCUUGAUCAAUGGAGAGAAUAUAAACAAAAUGUUCCAACAUUUGGAGCAAUUGUAUUAAAUGAAGAUUUAACAAAAGUAUUACUUGUUCAAAGUUACUGGGCAAAGAGCAGUUGGAGCUUUCCCAAAGGUAAAGUCAACGAAGAUGAAGAUCCAUCCCACUGUGCUGUUCGAGAGGUGUUAGAGGAAACUGGUUUUGACAUUUCAAAUUUAAUAGAUGAAAACGAAUAUAUAGAAUCAGUGAUAAAUGAACAAUUGGUGAGAUUGUAUAUAAUAUCUGGUGUACAGAAGGACACAAAAUUUCAGCCAAAAACGAGAAAAGAAAUAAAAAAUGUAGAAUGGUUUUCUUUAGCUGACCUACCCAACAAUAAAAAAGAUAUGACACCAAAAGUAAAAACAGGAGUUGGUCCUAAUGCAUUUUUUAUGGUUAUCCCUUUUGUAAGGAGAAUGAGACGUUGGAUACAAGAAAAACAUUUGAGAGAGAAAAAUGUAAAUACUGUUAGAAGACACAGACACAGAUCUCUUGGAGAUGUUGAGACUGUUUCAAAAAAUAAAAGACAACAGCAAUCACUUUCCCAUUUCAUUCAAAAUGAUAUUGCCAGUUUUAAAGACGUGAAAAACUUUCGACAAUCUAAUACAUCACCCGCGCGAAAUCGUCGCGGUAUAUACGAUAACAAAAAUGUCAUAUCAAAAGCGGCAAUUAAACGUAAUUUAUUUGGGGAACAAACUGAAGAUGAAACAGCCAUUCUUGCUAAACAAUUAACGGACAGUCCGCGAGGUCAACAGCCGUGCACAUUUUUAAUGGACCCUGCUAUUCAGUCGGUGAAGUGCAACGAUUUUAGCUACAAAGCACAAGCUUCGACAAACGAAGUAAAAGAUCAAGCAUCGGAUGAUCUUGAAGAUCGUGAAUUUUUUAAAGGAAAUAUAAAAUCUUUGUUAUUUGACAAAGCUACAAACAAAUUACAAACAGAUUUAAAAACGAUACCUUCCCCGUUUAUGAUAAUGAAUCGUAGGUCAUCGCGCUUUCUUUCUGAUAAUUAUAUGGAAACUCAACAACGUUCUACGGAACUAAGUUCAGUGAUUUGGGCGCACUUUAAGUUCGAUAAGGAAGCAAUACUUAAUUGUUUAUAAAAUUUUAUUAAAAAGGUUUUGACAUAGGUGAUCAGUGGAAGAGAGCGAUGGUGGCAAAAGGGGUUGAAAAAGCGUAAUACUCGAUGAGUUUAUACUCGUAUUUGUACUAAAUAUAAUUUUAAAUAUUUGUGAUCUCAGUAGUUUCUUAUCAAUCUGUACUUUGUUUUCAACUGAUUUUAUCAAAUACAAUGAUGAUAUAACAAUCAGACCAUUACUAAUUUAUAAUGACUACUAGGUAGUUAAAUUCUUUUUUUUUCUUCUUUUUAUUAUCAUGUACAGUAAUUAAACAACUUCCGCGUUUAUAGAUUAUGCUACAAAAAAUGGCAAUAAAUCCCGUUUUCAGCAUGAAAGUUAUACCUUUAUUUUACAAGUACUUAUUUUUGAUAUAACAGAUUGGAAUUGUAAAUAGCUGAUAAAAACAUGCUGAGGAGCAUUCAUUAUCCGCGGAUUGUAGAUAUACACGAUCGAAAUUUUAUUUCCUACUUUAAAUGGCAUCACAUAUGUACAUACAUUGAAUGUUUAAUAAGCCAUAAAAAGCUGAUUAAAACAUUGUAUCUAUUUGUUGCAAAAUAAAAAUUUGUUUUCCAAAUAAUGUGGUAUAAUUGUUAAAAAUCUGUACAUUCAUUUAGGUAAAAAAAUACGAGAGAUCUUAAAGUC